AUGGCGAGCGCGACGCCCGCGCAGCCCCGCGAGCCGGAGGCCCUCGAGGAGCGGGGCGCGGCAGCGGCGGCCGGGGAUGCGGAGCCGGCAGAGGUGUCAGGAGGGGCCGGCGCGGCCGCGGCGCUGCUGGGGGAGACGGGGCUGGCGGUGGGCUGCUGCAUCGCGGCGGCGCUGAGCUGGGAGCGGCCCCUCCACAGCCUGGGCGGCUUCGUCUGCGCCAACCUGCUCUUCUGGUUUGUUGCAUUGACCCCUUGGCGAGUGUAUCAUCUGACUUCUCUCAUAAUACUUGGAGUGCUAGUUCUUCAGAUAAUAAAGGAUUUGGUAUUCUCGAGGAUAAAAGGUGCGCAGCUUUGGAGGACCAUCACUGGCAACUGGAAGGUCAUCAGUUCCAGGCAAGACUACAGACCCAGAAUAAAUCAGUGCAUUUCAGAAACACUGAUGAAUUUAUUUGUAUUUCUUCAAGAAAUGUCCCACUUCAAGGAACAAAACCCUGGCAAGUUUUGCCUACUAGUCUGCAGUGUAUGUACAUUUUUCACUGUCUUGGGAAGUUACAUUCCUGGAGUUGUCCUCUCCUAUGUCCUGUUAUUGUGUGCCUUUUUAUGUCCCUUCCUUAAGUGCAAUGAAUUUGGACAGAAAGUGUGCAACAAAAUUAAGACUGUUCUGAUGAAACUAGAUUUUGGAAUAGUGGAAUAUAUCAACCAAAAGAAAAAAGAGAGAUCUGAAACAGCAAAAACAAAACCCACAGAAGAUGACAGUGAAUUAGACAUAUCAGCCCUGUGUCCUAAGGUUAGUCCUGCAGUUGUUGCCAAAGAGCUGUCAGUGUCUGACACAGAUGUAUCGGAAGUAUCUUGGACCGAUAAUGGGACCUUUAAUUUAUCCGAGGGGUAUUCUCCACAAACAGACACAUCUGAUGAUUUUGACCGACCUAGUGAUCAUGAAGAAGCUUUCGCUAGAGAUCUGUCAGAAUUUCCUUCUUUAGAAAAUGGUGCCGGAACAAAUGAUGAUGAUGACUCAAGCAUCGGUAUGCCCAUCCAGCAGAAACAAAAAAAAGAACAAACCUAUUUCAAGGUGGAUCAUGCUUCCAGACAGAGUAAAGAGAGACCGUCCACUGCAGGGCUUUCCUUGCCUUUGACCAGUGACCAAACCUUUAAUUUAAUGAGUGGAAUUGCUGGGGAUGUCAUCGCAGCUGCGGUGUCUGCUGCCAUCAAAGACCAGUUGCAGUCUGCACAGCAAGCUCCCUCACAUGCAGUGCCCAGUUUGAGCGAGGAGACAGACACAGAGGAAGCUGAUGAUUUUGAACUGCUUGACCAGUCUGAGCUUGAGCAAAUUGAGAAAGAAUUGGGACUUUCACAAGGCCAAGAAGCAGAAUCCCAGGAAAAGAAAAAAUCUUCAGGCUUCCUUUCAAAUCUGCUUGGAAGUCAUUAACCCAGAAAUUGCAGCUGGUGACAUAGAAGAAAUUAAACAUAAAACACACAAAAAAAUCAAAUGCAAAAAAAAAAAGGAAAAUUCUGAGCUGUAAGCUUUAACUAUCCCUUUAGAUGUGUUGUAAUAAUUUCCCUUAUGCAGAGUGAAUUAAAUGGAUAAAUAUCAGCUGAUACUGAUAGUUUAAUGUUUCUGGUAGUUAUACCUCAGUGUAAUAGCAUGGAAAUGAAUUAUCUAUCCACUGUUCGGUUGCAGAUGAGUGUUGGAGGUCAGUUGUUCAAAAGACUUGGGGGAGGGGUUUGUUUUAUCUUUUUGCCAACCAUGUAUUUUGGGGUCCUGAGCCAGAUUUUCAAGGUCGGCAGUUUAUUUACUCUUGGUUGCCAACCGUGGAAUACAAUUAAUGAUUCACACAGCGAGGGUAAGUUAUCAGAGGACUGCAAUGAGAUUAACUAAAUCUCACCUCCUUCAAUCAUACUGAAAACUAUGAAUCCCUGCAGUUAGCAUUAUGUAUCUACUGUAUAUGAAACACAUUAACCAGCACAGCUCUAGUUUAAAUAUGUGUGCAACACUAUCAAAGAACUUGAUUUCAUACUUAAAACCUUUGAAUUAUUUUGGAUAUGGUGAUGCAUUUCCAAGUUUUUUGCUGUUUUAGGCUUGUAGAGUUGUAAAGUGGCAUGCUAUUUGACUGACCACCUGCUGUGUUCCUUGACAGAGUCUGGUCCUUGGCAGUAUUGCCCUUGUAAAGUCAGCCAACACAUUUUUAUAUUUAAGAGUUAAUAUCAUGUAAACUGAACAACCUUUUGGGAGGAGGUGAGGGUAGUUAUUGUUCGGAAUAGAGGUUAGAGUUAAAAAAAAAAAAAAAAAGGUUUUUUUAGGUGCCACUUCCUUAAUUCAAGAUUCUGUGGGUUUUGUUUUGUUUUUUUUUUCCCCAGGACAGCUGCCAUCACUUGCAACAAAAGUUGUGUUGCAAGCCGAAUCUUUUAAGAUAUUUAAAAGUAUUCAGUGAGGUCAUUUGCUAUAGAAGACACUCUGAAUUUUCUUCUUGGCAUGUCGUUUAAAAUGAACAAAAAAGAACUUGUUUAAAUUAUUUGCCAGUUUAAACUCCACACAUGCUCAGUGAGUGGCAUGGGAUCUUAAGCAGGUAACUUGGUUGACUUUUUCUAGGGCUUUUUUGUUCACCUGUGAUGGAAUUGAAUUGUAAUACCAAGCAAUAGUAAUCAAAGAAAUAGGAAGAAGUAAAGCUAGUUUUUUUACUGUGAUGUAAACGUUAGCAAAGUUGAGGGACCAUGUCAGCUGCUAGUACUACUCAAGUGAUUUUCCAUUUGCUGGCAUUUGAAGAGGUGAAUGCUGUCAUCUAGGACCCUCAAAAAGUACAGCAACAGAUUAUAAAAAUCUUCCACUAACAUACAUGUGUAGGUAAACCUGUGUUUAAAGUUAACUCCAUUUUAAUUUGUUUUUCUUUCUGAGAUGAAAACAUGGGCAGAUGGCCAAAAAGAGUGUAGUAAAAGGAAAGAUGCUGAGAAUUUUUGACACUAGCUUUAUCAUUGCUUGUGCUUUUGUGUCAGUAGUGCAUAUUGACUGUGUUUGCUGUCCUUUACCAGUAAAAAAAUAAGCCUGUGCCUUCAUUAUCAAAUCCAUUACAAAGUAAGUGGAUGCUGGAUAUAGAUCCCACAAGAUGCAGCUUUUGAAAUGAUAACAUCUUAACAUUAGAAGCGAGUUUCUGGAAACGAUUAAAAAAACAUGGCCACAUCACUUCCACAGCGUUGGUUGUUAAGUUUCCUUUUUAGCUUCCCCCAGCCUGUCCUUCCCAUUUGAAAAAAUAAAAGAAGCUUUUGCUGGGAAAUGAGUCAGUUUAAAGGCCAUUUAAAUUUCUCAGAUGAGUUAAAAGCCUUGUUUCCUUGCUGCAUGUUUAGGACAAUCUGUAUAGUUAGAAGAGUACAACUUCCAAGUUGCUGAUGAAGCUUUGUAGGACACCCAGACAACUGUGUGCUUCCUUGUACAGGAGCACUGGUGCCAGGAGGGGAAACUGGCUACAGGACUAGGAGAGGUGGGAGGGAGCCACCCUUCACAGGCUUUUCUGGAGCAGAUUGAUGGGAGGGACUAGCUGGCUGUCAAUGGUGGCAUUAUAACAGUGUGCACUUUAUUGUUGCUUUAUGAAGAAUACUUGUGGUUAUAAAAGUACGUAACGCAGGGCAGUCUUCUAGAACAAUAGAUUAGAUCAUGAAGGAAAAGCAGUUGGAGGAGUUUCUCGGACUUUUUGUAAAUGAUCCAUUUUCUGGUUUCAAGAUAGAAAAAUAGAUUGAUUUUUCUCCAGUACAAGUAUCUUUUUUUUUUUUUCCAGAAAGAAAAACAAAGCAAAACUUGAACGAGCAAAUCAUUGAAGUUUAGGGGCAUAAUCGCUUAUUUGAGUGUCUUUAGAAUUUUAUUUUUCUGUUCUCGUGGUAGUCAGUUAUGUUCAAGCCCCUAAAUACUGUGUAAUGGGAAGGAGGUAGUUCUGUAACAUUUAAUAUUCCUCCUUAGGUAGUGGAAAGAUGCUUAGUUUUCUGCAGGAAAUUACCUCUUCCCUCCCAAACAACUGCACGUAAGAAACACUUUGCUCGGACAUGAUACAUUCCACUGCCAGCAGUUUGACAGCAGAACACAAAGAAAACAUUUCUCUCCUUGGUGAGAUCACUUCCACACUGCCUUCAGUUGGAAAUCCCUCAAGAAACCUUCAUUUGGCUGUAUUCUAGCAGCAGCCACAAAGUAGCAGUUACUUAAAAAAUCCUGUCAGAAUGGUCCACAGCAUCUUUCCUACUGAGCACUG